AUGUCGAUAUUGCGUCGGCAGUCGACACAUGGCUGGCUGCAGUUCUCGCUCUCGUCGCGCUCUUUGGCAUCAUUACGCCAUUUCUACUGUGGGCUAAGUACCCUCCGCUCGGAGCGACACAUUGCCUACCGGGCGAUUGACGACCCACUGCAUCGCUUUGUUUCCUCUGGAAUAUGGAUUUGGCGUGAUACGGGAAUACUUGGACGAGCACGCGUGCCUAGAUUGACAGACAUUCCACAAGUUCCCGGGCAAUUUAAUGGUCAGAGGAAAGACGACUGCCUCGUAGACGCUCCUAAUACGAUAGGAUGGAUCGCUUUCUGCUCCGCCUUACGUGCCUUUUCUCUGCCAGGAUCCAAGGAUCGAAGCGGCCACUUAGUGAUCGAAGACCGUCAGACAUGGCUCCCGACGCAUAAACUCUGGGUCCUGGUUCUGGGGCUGCUUGGACGCUACAGUGAUCGUGAGGACAAAUGGCAGGUGAUUUUGAACAAGAGCAACACUCGACUGGACUAUGACCAAGACGUUGGCGAGGAUGAGCGUGACGUGCUGCACGGCAGCAUCGGGCCGCUGAGAUGCCUGGCCCAUGACGAGAGCGGGCAUCCAGACUGCCUCUAUCUGGCGCCGUACAAUCAGCAGCUGAGAGGAAGUCUGACACCAGAUGCAAUAAGCUUAGAAUAUCCCUUCUGGCUUGCUGCAGGGUGCCUGCCGCUUGUGAACAAAGUGCUUGAUCUCAGCAUGGCUCAGACCCGCUUCCGCAGCAGAUUACGAGCAAGGACUCGUCGAAGAAGGUCAACAAGCGGCAAGUCUGAAGAUCCAAGAAGCAGUCGCAGCAGCAGUGCAUCAACAAAUCCUGAGCCCGGGCCUGAGCACACGGACGAGGACGCCGGCGUUGUACAAGUGGGUGAAGAGGCGCAGGAAGCUAUCCAAAGACGAUGGGAAUCGGAGCGGCAUGCCUAUAUGGGACUCAACUUUUACUACCUAGAGCAAAUGGAGGACAUUCUCCCCACGGCGAAGUGGACCAUCUGGGCGAACGCCAUGGGCUGCGACAUGGAAACUGUGCACAUGAUUGAGCAGCUGGAGAUAGUCGAUACGAAUGACACGCAGGUCAUGACGAGCAUCCUGGACAGUGUACCGAGCAAGCAGAGGCAUGACAGACUAAAGAGGCAACUCGAUGAGCAGGUCGGCAUGGCGCAGAAAGCGGAUUCAGAACACGACCGGACCGUGGAUCGCAGCCACUCUGCUCGCAUACGAUAUCAGCGAGCUCAACGUGGGCGUGUUCUCCAUGCUCACCGUGGCGGGCUUCAAGCAGCGCAAGUUAGUAGAUGCGGUGAAGCGGACGCUGCCAUACUGGUACUCGAACAACCCGGCCGCGUUGGAACAACUGCUGCAGGACGCGGAAAACGUGCGGGUGAAUGGCGGGCACAGCCGGCUACAGGCCUGAGUACGCAUCACGUGGUACGCGCAGCCCAUGGACGCGCAGCCGCUGAUCAGCCACCGCACCGCCGCCGCAGCUUGCGCCGCCGCCGUCGCUUCCGCCAGCGCAGUAGCAGCUGUUCCUCAGGGUUCCCCAUGGUGCGCAGGGACUCGCCAGAAGAGAGAGACUACAACGCUCCCCGCGCCGCCGCCGCAGAAUGCGCACGCUUCCGCUCGCGCUUCACCUAUUACAAUAUAAUAGCUCUACAACUAAACCUAGUAGGCAAUACAAGAGGAGAAGAGCUGACUUGGUAG